ACAUGAUGACAACACCACCCCAACAGGUGUUGGUGGGCAGCUUCAAUGUGGUGCCCUUAUUCAAAUCAAAUUUUAUUAGUCACAUGCGUCGGUACAGAGUCAAUGCGCAGGGGCACUGGCCAGCUGAGGUAGUAUGUACAUGUAGGUAGAGCCAAUUAAAGCGACCAUGCAUAGAUGACAACAGAGUGGCGGUGGGGCAGCCACCUGACUAGAUGUCCAGGAGUCUUAUGGCUUGGUCGGUAGAAGCUGUCCAGAAGCCUCCUGGACCCAGACUGGCUUGCCGUGCGGCAGCAGAGAGAACAGUCCACGACCAGGGUGGCCGGAGUCCUCGACAACCCCCUCUUCUCACUUUUCUUGGUGAGGUAGAUUGCUGCUAUAACUUGAUGACCCUUCACAUACCUAACUAUUUCCUUGGCUCUCUUGUAGAGUGUAUCCAUUGUUUUUAGUGCCAUGAUGUCCUUGAGGUGCAGGUUCAAUGCAUGAGCAGCACAGUCAAUGGGUGUGAUGCGAGGGUAGGACUCCUCCACUUUAGACCAAGCAGCCUUCAUGUUCGCAGCAUUGUCAGUCACCAGUGCAAAAACCUUCUGUGGUCCAUGGUCAUUGAUGACCGCCUUCAGCUCAUAUGCAAUGUAGAGACCGGUGUGUCUGUUUUCCCUUGUGUCUGUGCUCUUGUAGAAUACUGGUGAGGGUUGGAGAUGAUGUAGUUAAUUAUUCCUUGCCCACGAACAUUCGACCACCCAUCAGAGAUGAUAGCAAUACAGUCUGCUUUCUCUAUGAUUUGCUUGACCUUCACUUGAACUCUGCAUCCAGCAAAUGAGUAGAUAAAGCAUGUCUGGUUGGAGGGGUGUAUGCUGGGUGAAGAACAUUCAGAAAUCUCUUCCAAUACACAUUGCCUGUGACCAUCAGAGGUGAACCAGUUGCAUACACAGCUCGAGCAAGACAUUCAUCAGCAUUUCUCUGACUACGUCCCUCCAUUGAGUCAAAAACACUUCUGAUUCCAGGAGGACCAUGAGCUGUUGCUAUUGAUAAGGUUUCCAAAUCUGGUUCAGGCUUGUUGGCCGGUUAAUGCAUAGAGUUAAGAGGGUGAAACUUGAAGACGAAACAGAAGGUAGUUGGAAAAGUUAUUCAGCUUUCAGAAUGACCGCUGUAGAUGAGCUCUCUGACAGCACGGAGGUAGUGGAGAUGGAGGACGUGCCCUCCCAGUUCUUUGUGGAGAAGCACUCGUGGGACGGCCUGCGGAACAUCAUCCAUAGUAGCCGCAAGUACACGGGCAUGGUCAUCAACAAGGCCCCACACGACUUCCAGUUUGUCCAGAGGCAGGACGAGUCAGGCCCAUACUCCCAUCGACUCUACUAUCUCGGAAUGCCCUAUGGAAGUAGGGAAAACUCGUUACUUUACUCAGAGAUUCCCAAGAAGAUUCGGAAAGAGGCCCUACUGGUGUUGUCGUGGAAACAGAUGCUAGAUCACUUUCAGGCCACCCCUCAUCAUGGGGUGUACUCCCGGGAGGAGGAGCUGCUGAGGGAGAGAAAGCGUCUGGGGGUCUUUGGGAUCACAUCGUAUGAUUAUCACGCCGAGAGCGGCCUUUUCCUGUUCCAGGCCAGCAACAGCCUGUUCUACUGUCGGGACGGAGGCCAUAAUGGCUUCAUUCAGGCGUCCCCCAUGAAGCCUGUAGAGAUUAAGACCCAAUGCUCAGGCACUCGAAUGGACCCCAAGAUCUCUCCAGGCGACCCCACCUUCAUGGCCUUCAUCAACAGCAACGACCUGUGGGUGGCCAGCAUCGAGACUGGGGAGGAGAGGAGACUCACCUACUGCCAUAAAGGGCUGAAUAAUGUGAAGGAGGACCCCAAGUCUGCAGGCAUUGCCACCUUUGUAAUCCAGGAGGAGUUUGACCGCUUCACGGGCUACUGGUGGUCGCCAGCUGCUCCUGAAGACCCAGAUGGAGGGAAGACCCUCCAGUUACUGUAUGAGGAGGUGGAUGAGUCAGAGGUGGAGUUAAUUCACGUUCCCUCCCCAGCCCUGGAGGAGCGCAAGGCUGAUGUUUACAGAUACCCCCGCACAGGGAGUAAGAAUCCUCAAAUUACUUUCAAACUGGUAGAAAUCAGAACCGACCACCUUGGCAGAAUUGUAAGCACCCAGGACAAGGAGUUGGUCCUGCCUUUUACCACCCUGUUCCCUGGGGUCGAGUACAUCGCCCGCGCCGGCUGGACAAAAGACGGCAAAUAUGCAUGGGCGGUACUGCUGGACAGGAGUCAACAGAGGCUCCAGUUGGUCCUGCUGCCCCCGGCCCUGUUCAUCCCUGUAACCCAGGACCAGGCCCAACGGGAGGAGAGUGUGGAGGCUGUGCCAGAGGGGGUCCACCCCUUCAUCAUCUACGAGGAGAUCACCGACAUCUGGAUCAACGUCCAUGACAUAUUUUAUCCUUUCAUUCAAACAAACGACGAUGAGAUCACCUUCCUCUGGGCGAACGAGUCCAAAACUGGCUUCUGCCAUUUGUACAAAGUCACCACGCUGUUACAACAGGGCUGCUACCAGUGGACCAGAGACUACAUGCAGACAGAGGAGGACUUUAAGUGCCCGAUUAAGGAAGAGGUGACAUUAACCAGUGGGGAGUGGGAGGUGUUGGCCAGACAUGGCUCCAAGAUCUGGGUGAAUGAGGCUACCCAGCUGGUGUACUUCCAAGGCACGCGGGACACACCCCUGGAGCAUCACCUAUACACUGUGAGCUACGACUCCCCGGGGGACAUGGUCAGGCUGACCAAGCCAGGUUUCUCCCACAGCUGCUCCGUAAGCCAGAAUUUUGACAUGUUUGUCAGCCAUUACAGUAAUGUCAGCACACCUCCCUGCGUCCACAUCUAUAAGCUGAUGGGCCCAGAGAGUGACCCACUGCACAAAGAGCCUGAGUUCUGGGCUAGCAUGAUGGAGGCCACAGGGCGCCCAGGAGAUUACAUCCCACCAGAGAUCUUUACUUUCCCAGGGAAUUCAGGGUUCCACCUCUACGGCAUGUUGUACAAACCACACAACUUGGUUCCUGGCAGGAAGCACCCUACAAUCCUCUUUGUGUAUGGAGGCCCCCAGGUGCAGUUAGUAAAUAACACAUACAAAGGAGUGAAGUACCUGAGGCUGAAUACGCUAGCGUCACUAGGCUACGCCGUCGUGGUCAUUGACGGGAGAGGCUCCUGUCAGAGAGGCCUCAAGUUCGAGGGGGCUCUGAAAAACAAAAUGGGCCAGGUGGAGAUCGAGGACCAGGUGGAGGGGCUGCAGUACUUGGCUGAAAAGUACACUUUUGUGGACCUGAGUCGCGUGGCCAUCCACGGCUGGUCUUACGGCGGCUUCCUCUCACUCAUGGGCCUUGUCCACAGGCCCAAUGUCUUCAAGGUGGCAAUAGCGGGUGCACCUGUGACGGUGUGGAUGGCCUAUGACACCGGUUACACGGAGCGCUACAUGGACCUACCUGAGAACAACCAGCAGGGAUACGAAGCCGGCUCUGUUGCCUUGCACGUCGACAAGCUGCCCAGCGAGCCUAACCGGUUACUUAUAUUACAUGGAUUCCUUGACGAGAAUGUGCACUUUUUCCACACCAACUUCCUGGUGUCUCAACUGAUCCGUGCGGGGAAGCCGUAUCAGCUACAGAUCUACCCCAACGAGAGACACAGCAUCCGCUGCCCAGAGUCUGGAGAGCACUAUGAGAUUAUGCUGCUGCACUUCCUCCAGCAGUACCUCUGAGGGCUGCAGUUGAAUGAACAGAGCCCCUGCCCCACUCCCCCAUUGCCCAAUGUUACCAUGCCCCUUCACAUAUACCACAGGAGGCUGGUGAGUGGCAGACUGGUCAUAAUAGCUGGAAUGGAGUGAAUGGAAUGGUAUCAAACAUGAUGUAUUUGAAACCAUUCCAUUUAUUCCGUUCCAUCCAUUACUAUGAGCUGGUCCUCCCCAAUUAAGGUGCCACCUGUGAUAAACACACUGUGUGCCCCAUCAUCUGCUAUUUGCAUCCGAUCCCUCACACCACUCUUAAAAAACAAGAUUUUUUAUAACAGCCUGGAGAAGCCCUCCCAUGCUACCAACCCCUUUCCACGCUGAGAGCAGAGGGUUGUCACCUGUCAGUUUUUAACUGGACAAUGACUGGAGAGAAGUAGAAAAUAUAGAACAAAUAUUGAGCAUUUUGAGAAAAAGAGCUCGUUAGCAUCUUGGAGUGAUUUUCUGUUUUUAUUUGGGAUUUUUGUGCCACACCCUGUUAGCAAGGAGGACCAGUAUGAAAAUAUAUGGACUACUUUUAGUCGCUCUGGAUAAGAGCGUCUGCAAAUGACUAAAAUGUAAAUGCUUUGUUUGUUCAUACUUUGGACUGUGCUGUUGUAAGUCAUGGUGGAUUACAGUGUUGUGUGGUGAGCCAAAUGGCGUGGCCGCUGAGGACGGAAUUUACACACUACCUGCAACUGGUAUUUUAAGUGUGUAUUAAAAUAAAAAGGAAUUCUUAUUUUAUAA